GGUUGGAGUGGACAGAGUCGCAGGCUGUUAAGACUGUGAUGACAUUUGAUUUUCAUCAUUAACCGCGUAAAUGACAUAAACCAUUUUAUUUUUUUGGGUUGCUACAAGAGAGGAUAAGGCUAAGAUUCUCAGUAGAUGAAGUACAUGACCAAUGUAGGGACCCCAGAAUUGCCACAUAUGGUUCCGCCUGCACGGCACCACCCAUGGCUUUUUAACCCGUGGCUUAUUUGUAGAAGCUGCACGUACAAAUCAAUUGUUGAUAAGCUGCUGCCCCUACUUACAUAUAUUCUUAUAAUAAAACCGUCUUGGUUAUUGUCCAUAUACUAGUACUAGUAUUUGUUACGUUGCCAAAACUAAUUAACAGUACGUACUUGCUGAUUUGUGCGCAACAGGAAAUGGGUUUUCUAGAUCAUCUUUCUGAGCUAUUCGAAUUCCAUCGAGGCACCAGCAGAAGGAAGCUCAGCAAACUUAGAAGAAAUCAACUUGAGCUAGUGGAGAUAAGAGUGAAAAUGGACUGCGAAGGAUGCGAAAGGAGGGUGAGGAAGUCGGUAGAAGGGAUGAGAGGGGUGACGAAAGUAGAAGUGGAGCCAAAGAAGCACAAGCUGACAGUAACUGGCUAUGUUGAUCCAGAUAAAGUAUUGCGAAGAGUAAGACAUCGUACGGGAAAGAAGGCUGAAUUUUGGCCAUACGUUCCUUACGAUCUGGUGGAUCAUCCUUACGUGCGCGGCGUGUAUGAUAAGAAGGCUCCGGCUGGAUACGUCCGCAACGUCUAUGAUAACGCUAACCCGCAGGUUUCGAGUCUUGCGAGGGCGAGCUCCACGGAAGUCAACUAUAUUACUGCCUUUAGUGAUGAAAAUCCUCAGGCGUGCAUGAUUAUGUAAGAAAAGAUCAAUUUAGCAAUAGAGGUACAAAAACUAGUACUACUUAAUUUCUUACUGUAGAUUAGGGAGUGUGUGGAUUUUAAACCCCGCAGCUGCUAGUCAUGCGUGCAAUAAAUUAACUAGUACGAUUGUUAAUUAAGCUCUACUUAUUUUGUAGUAUAUAAAUAUGAUGACAGUUGUAUA